AUGUAUACAUUUAAAGAAGAACAACAUAGUUAUGAAGAUGCACUUGAUUUGAAGCAUAAGGAAACAGAAGCAACAGCAAAAGAGCAUCAUUUAAAGCAAACUACUAUCAACAUGACAUUUGACACAGUUGAAGACGUGGAAGGAUUCACAUCUACUGUAUUCAAAGGUAAUCGUGAAAAGGUCUUUACGGUUGAGCCUAGUUUUAUGUUGCCUCGAAAAAAGGAUGAACUCUUUUAUGAUCAUAGUCAAAAGUGUGUCAUCAUUCAAUAUUAUCAUGACGCUUACUUUGAAGACCGUCAUCAUCAAUCAGAUGAAAUGUAUCAUUAUCAUUCCACAAGAAAUAAAAGAAGACAGAGGUCUAUGAUGAAUAUAAAUCAACAAGAGUCGAUUGACAAUGAUGAUCAAAGACGUCACUCUGCUUAUGAACUUAUGCCCAAUGCACUCUCAAGUCAGAAUAGAAAGAGGGAGCCUACCACCCCUCAAGAUGAGUUUGUUUAUGAUUUGGCUACUGUUGACCCACGCUACACAUACAACCAUUGUUUGGGUAUGGGAGACGAAAGCCAAGACGAUGUAACCCAAAGCAACACUUUGUUUUCAACACCCUCAGCCAUGAUCCGUACACCUUCACCAAAAUGUAUUCAAAAAAAGAAAAAAUGGCUCAAGUGCGUACUGAGCUCUACAAAACAAGCACUGAAAAAGAAAUUAGGAAAGGGUCAUCCACUGCCUUCUAUUCAAGUAAUUUCAGCUACCAACGAAUUGGGCGAUGUCUUGAAUUGUGUCCAGCAAAAAGAAAUUAUGUCACAACUUAACCAGCCUUUACCAUCAAGGCAAGUACAAUUAUCGCCUGAAAAGACUCGUAUUACAAGUCUGCCUCGUAUCUGGGUAUUUCGGUUGAUAGAAGAGGGUAUGCAUAAUGAUACAACACAGGUUGUAUGGACUGGAUUUGACUUUGAAAACCAACAAAAGAUGGAGAAAGGACAUGCAUCGCUUGUCUUGUAUGAUUCUCAUAUUGGUUGCAGCACAAUGGCUGUCACUGUUCAGCCUUUAGAGAACAAGGGACAUUACUUUACAGACCAAGGUCAACAGUUUCAAGAAGCUUUGUCAUGGUUACCUGUUGAUGAACGCCCAUCUGUUAUGCGAUUCAAAUUCGAUCGUGAUCGUCAUUUAGCUCUUGCAAGUCGUUUAAUACGUCGUUAUUAUUUUUCUCGUCUUUUGAACAGACAUUGGUCUGAUCUUGAGUUUACCAUCUUACCAGGAGGUAAACCAAGCUUGAAAGGAUGUUCUUUAGAUUUCAAUCUAUCGCAUGAAAGUCAUUGGGUGAUUUUUGGCUGUGUUAAAGAAGGUAGGAUAGGUGUAGAUGCAGUCUCUAUCGAUCGGUCUAUUUCCAAUUCGAUCGAUGAAUUCAUCAAGAGUUUUGAGCCACAGUUAUCAGCACAAGAAAUGCAACUGAUCAAAGGGUCAACAGAUCCACUGCAAACAUUUUUUGAAUUAUGGGGAUUAAAAGAAAGUUACAUUAAAGCAUUAGGCGUUGGUUUAUCAUUUGACUUAAACAGAUUGAAUUUCUAUGGACAAGACAACAAGGCAAGAAUUCGAUUGAAAAUCAAUGGAGAGCAAGCGUGUUGGUCGUUUCAUCUCAGUUCUCUUGAUGCUGAUACUUUAGCUGCCAUUUGUUAUGAUCGAGAUAGUUGUAUUCAGCAGCCUAGUCAUCUCCUUGGUGAACCCUUACAGUUAUCUGCUAGUUUAUUUCACCAGGUCAAAUUUGAAGAGAUUAGAAAUGUCGCGCAAAUAAACUGA